GCGAGCCGGAGCCAGCGACAUGACAACUCGAUGAUCACCACUCUUUCGGAUUAAGCACAACAGAACAGGCGAACUUAGACCUAAUACGUUCCCCGUACAUGCGGGAAUUUUUGCUGAGUGACUGAGCUAAAGUGGAUUUUAAAAUCGACAUAAGUGUUGUGACUCAAUGGAUAUGCUUUAGAUUUCAAUGAUGUCAACUGUAGUGAAAAUGCAAGCUCCGCUCACAGAGAGCGGGGUGUUGGACCUCACGCAGAUUCGCGAGGAGAAUUUCGAGCAGCUAGCGGUGUACAUAGUCCCUGAUCAGCCUUGUGCAGAUGACGAAACAAGGAACAGAGCCGAAGCCUCGUUGCCGAGGAAUCUCGUGCUCAAACCCUCACAGACCCUCGAAGAUGUGGUCGGUGUUUGGAGCACGGAUUACAUUCCCCGAGGAACGCGCUUCGGACCGCUGACCGGCGAUCGUUACGAGAAGGAUUCAGUUCCGCCGAACGCCAACCGUAAAUACUUCUGGCGAGUGUAUUCCUCGACCGAUGAAUACCAUUACGUCGACGGGUUCAAUGUCAUGAGAGCAAACUGGAUGAGAUUCGUCAAUCCAGCUUACUCGAGUGAAAACCAGAAUCUUGUCGCGUGUCAACUCCACGGGGAGAUCUACUUCUUCACAAUAAAGCCUAUCGCACCCGACCAAGAGCUGCUCGUGUGGUAUUGCAAGGAGUUUGCUGAGAGACUCAACUAUCCAGUCACAGGAGAGCUGAUGCUCCAGCGAAUUCGAAAACAAAUCACGGACUCGCAACAACAUCCUCACAUCGACGAAGAUUCGAAGGAUCAGCUGCAAGACCGACAUAUGGAUCUCGACGAGCACGAAGCGGAAGAACAACAAGAAUCCUCUCAACAAGUCAGCUCUACGGCCGAAAACGGGAAAAUCAAGCGAGAGCUAGAAGAACCCCAGCCGCUCACACCGCCGGGAUCGAAGAGCGAUGAGGGCUAUCAAUCGACGAGCGAUCGUCACACACCCCCAUCACACUCGGAAGACGAGGAAGGCGCGUUGUCCGACUGCUCGGAUUACGUCCUCGACUUCAGCAGCAAACCGCCGCGGAACGUGUCCGUAAGGAAAAAGUCGAAGGACUACCAAUCGGAAAACGAGCGGAACGAGUUCCGGAAAGUUAAAAUUAAGAUGCCCAAAGCCUUCAACGCGAAAAUGUCCAGUCGGAGCUCCACUGAAACCCAGGCCGUCUGCAGUCCGAAGCAGAGCAGUCCGGUGACACAGACCGAGCUGGAGAGCAGCUCAGACGGAGCUCAGAUCACCCGUUUGGCUCCGCCUAGCGUCGAAGGUGUUUUCGAGAGGAGCUCCGCUUUCCAAUCAUACGAGAGUUCCACCACCUUACCCACGAGUCCAUCGUCUGGAAUCCUAGAGAAUCUCCUCAUGCAGCGGCUACAGGCGGAGAAAGACAAACGACUGCAGAUCGUUCAGCCCAUAACCGAGUCACCCCCGCUAAGAGAACCCACACGCGUGAUAAUCGCCAACGAUUCGACCGUCAGCACGUCGAAUUUGACGUUACCGAUGGAGGGCGAAGAGUUCACCCCGAGAGUCCCUCCGGUCCAAACGAAUCUCCGUCGUGAGUUGCAUUCGCCGGAUUCAACAAAUGCUCCCGGACCGCUGCCGACGGCGGCCCCGAUGUACGGCUCGUACCCGAUGUUCUCCCCCCAUUACCCGGUCAUAACCCCCUAUGCCGCCGCUUCCGCCAACAUGGCUGAUCAGCGAUUGAUAGCUGGACCGCCAGCGUUCGAUGUGAAUUCCGCUAUGCCCUCUUCGCCGAUGGUAGGAUCGUAUCAGAUCAACCCGUCCCCGGAAAAAUCUCAACCCCCCUCGCCGGCGAGCGACUGUAACAUGUCCGACCUCGGAAGUCCCGGAUCGAAUGCCAGAGGCUUCCGAUCGCUGCCGUACCCACUGAAGAAGAAAGACGGCAAAAUGCACUACGAGUGUAACAUCUGCAUGAAGACCUUCGGCCAAUUAUCGAAUCUCAAAGUUCACCUGAGAACCCACUCUGGCGAAAGACCAUUCAAGUGUCCAGUCUGCGCCAAGAGCUUCACUCAGUUGGCUCACUUGCAGAAACAUCAUCUGGUGCACACGGGCGAGAAGCCCCAUCAGUGUGAUGUUUGCAAGAAGCGAUUCAGCUCGACGUCGAACCUGAAAACCCAUCUGCGGCUGCAUUCGGGUCAGAAGCCCUACGCGUGCGACCUCUGUCCCGCGAAAUUCACGCAGUUCGUGCAUCUGAAACUCCACAAGAGACUCCAUACGAACGAACGACCGUAUACGUGCCAAACGUGCAACAAGAAGUACAUCUCGGCAUCCGGUCUUCGGACGCAUUGGAAAACGACAUCUUGCCAACCGAACCUGGUUCUCGACAUGGAGCUCGAGCGAGCCGGAUACGAUUACGUCCACAUGGAAAUUUCCGACGAGUUCCAUCGGAUACAGCAGGAGGAGAGAGAGCGUGAGCUGAGGUCGAGCUGCCGCUCGCCCGACAGCAGUUUAUGCAGUCCGUACACGUCGCCGCUAACGCCGCUGACACCUCAUCGGUCGGUGAUCCGAGAAGCGUCGUCGAGCUCAUCGUGUGCAACACCUCUAUCUCCUGAAAGGGGGUUUCUGGCACCGACUCUAGCACCUCCCAGCGGGGUGCACUAG